AUGGAGCGGGUGAGGAGCCUGCCGCACCUCCGUUCCCUGGUCCUCAAAGGUGGGCAGCACUGGGAUGCACAGGGCGCCUGCCUGCGGGGCUCUCUGGCCACGCUGCCCGCCAGCCUGCGGGGCCUGACCUGCUUGGCGCACCUGGACCUGAGCUUCAACAGCCUGGAGACGCUGCCCGCCUGCAUCCCGCACAUGCGCCACCUGGGCGCCCUCCUACUCUCUCACAACCGCCUCGCAGAGCUGCCUGAGGCUCUGGGGGCGCUCUCGGCCCUCACCUUCCUGUCCGCGACCCACAACCACCUGCAAGCGCUGCCCGCGGCGCUGGGAGCCCUGUCCGCCCUCCAGCGCCUGGACCUCUCCGAGAACCGCCUGGACACUCUGCCCCCUGAGGUCGGAGGUCUGAGCAGCCUCCAGGAGCUCAACCUGGCCUCCAACCGGCUGCAGAGCCUCCCGGCCUCCCUGGCGGGGCUGCGGUCCUUGCAGCUCCUGGUCCUGCACAGCAACCUCCUGGUCUCGGUGCCCGCCGGCCUGGCCCGCCUCCCGCUGCUCGUCCGGCUGGACCUGAGGGACAACCAGCUCCGGGAAGUGCCCCCCGAGCUGCUAGACGCCCCCUUUGUGCGCCUGCAGGGGAACCCCUUGGGCGAGGCCCUGCCAGGCUCCCCCAGUCCCCCAGGGACACCUGUGGUCCCGGGAAUGCCCAGGCUGUUCCUGACUUCAGAGCUGGACAGCUUCCUCGUGACCCCCCAAGGCUGCUCUGUGACCCUGGCCUGUGGUGUCCGCCUGCAGUUCCCCGCCGGGGCCACUGCGACCUCGGUCACCAUCCUCCACGGGCUGGCCUUCCAGCAGGACGUGGGCCUGUGGCUGCUCUUUGUGCCCCCACGGGCCCGGCGCUGCCGUGAGGUGGUGGUGAGGACCCUGAGCGACGACAGCUGGAGCGACCUGGAGACCCGCCUGGAGGAGGAAGCACCGAAGCGGCUCUGGGCUCACUGCCAGGUACCCCACUUCUCUUGGUUCCUUGUGGUUUCCCGCCCGGUGUCCAACGCCUGCCUGGUGCCACCAGAGGGGGCGUUGCUGUGGUCCUCGGGGCAUCCGGGGGUCAAGGUCACCUUCCCCCCUGGAGCCACCGAGGAGCCUCGUCAAGUCCGAAUGCAGGUACAGCGAGGGCCCCCUGCCCUGUGGCCCAGGAGCCCGACAGGCCCUGACACACCCUCUGCCCACAGUCUCCCAGCCAAGCUCAUCAAUGGCGGCAUCGCUGGGCUGAUCGGGGUCACCUGCGUGUUCCCCAUCGACCUGGCCAAGACGAGGCUGCAGAACCAGCAGAAUGGCCAGCGCAUGUACACCAGCAUUCUGAGCCCGCUCACGCACUGCUCUCUGCCCUGCUGCCCCUUGCAGCUUGUGGUGGGUGGUGGUGGUGAUCCUCCCCAACAUGAUGUGCCCACAGGAGCCGCCGUGAACUUGACCCUUGUCACCCCCGAGAAGGCCAUUAAGCUGGCAGCCAACGACUUCUUCCGACAUCACCUCUCCAAGGACGGGCAGAAGCUGACCCUGCUCCGGGAGAUGCUGGCCGGCUGUGGGGCCGGCACCUGCCAGGUCAUCGUGACCACCCCCAUGGAGAUGCUCAAGAUCCAGCUCCAGGACGCCGUCUUGCGGAAUGAGGGUCCCUCCGCUUUCCUGAAGGGGGCCUACUGCCGCGCCCUGGUCAUCGCCCCACUGUUUGGCAUUGCCCAGGUGGUCUACUUCCUGGGCAUCGGGGAGACCCUGCUGGGGCUGCUGCAGAACCCCCAGCCCUGAGCCUGGGCCCCCCCACCCGCAGGACUAGAGUGGGCCUGGGGCUGGGCGGCCCGCCCAGGACCAAGCAGGGGAACGUCUCUCCACCCGUCCCCGUGUGGAUGGGGGCAGAGGGAGGGGUGCAGGGUCCACACACAUGGACCUGAGGGGUCCUGCCUGCACAGUCACGGGGAUCAAUGUGUUAUUUAUGUAGAAAUCUUUACAUUCCCGGAGCCAGCCCUUUCCAGCUCCACCCUGGCCUGGGCACCCCAGGGACAGAGCUGGCCUCUGAGCCGGGGGCUCCCAGGUGAGGGCUGGGCCGGGUGGACCCUCUGCUCCAGGCUCCCGGCUCAUCCCCAAAGGGGAGGCUGCACAAACCUAUUUAUUAACUUGCUGAGCACAAGUGGCUCUGUCCAGCCCUCCGCCCGUCCAUCGGUCCAGCCUCCCCCCUGCUGCUCUCACCUCGGCCAGCCUCGCAGGAGAAUCGGGGUCUCCUGCCCCCCACAUUGAGCCAGGAAUCCCAGGCAGGCGGGGGUCCACACUGAGUCUUGACUCCCAGGGAAACCCCACCCCCAACUGUGGGACCCAACAAUCCUCCUGGUGGGCCCCUCUGCCCCAUCCAGACGGGGGGCCCAGAGCGUGUGAGAGGUCUGUGUGCAUAUGGGAGAGCCGCGGCCCUUCCCACGUGGCCAGGCAGUGCGUGCGUGUGCGUGUGCUGUGUAACCUGUGCCCGCUGACCCUGUCCAGAGUUGUCUCUCCAGCCCAGCCCCUCUUGCUGCAUCCGCAGCCGACUGCUCUUCUGAGACCUGCCCCCGGGUCUGACCUUGGCCAGUGGAAAGGGCAAGCAUGACCAGUAUGGAGCCAGGGGCGCCUGCUCUGUGUGCAGGGGUGGCGGCCAGGAGCUGCCCUCCAGCCACCCUGCUCUCUGGGCCCCUGCAGCCCCACCCGCCCGCUGUCCAGACCCCUCCCCAUUGUGAACUGAGGCAGGCGCCCGCCCUGCCACCCCUGCCGGGUGAUCGUGUUGGUGAUUGGUCCUGACGUGCCGGUGCUGUGUCCCCCACCACCCAGGCCCCCUCUGAGGAGGCCCCUUCCCAGCAACACUACCUGGGGCCGAGGCCUGGCCCCCAGUCUGCGGUUGUGCCCGUCAUCUGUUGUUCCUUGGGAGCUGCUGCUGCUGCUUACAGAUUUAUAUAUUUUUUCUUUUGAGGAGUUUUACGAAGUGACUUUUUGUGUCUUGUCAUGUAAGAAGAUAAAUAAAUAUUCUAAGUAGA